AUGGAGACGCGUCGUUCCAUUUCAUCAUUAUCAACUGAAUCACGUCUUUCAGAAGUGACAAGUGCAGAAGCGUCAAAUUCUACCCGAAUUGAUGAUGAAAAAAAAAAGGAUGAAAAAUACAAAUCAGUUCUGGAAAACGAUGAAACUUCUGAGGCCGAAGAGCGAACUUUGGCAAUAGAAGAAAGGAAAUUAGUUAUCAGAGAGCAAAUGGCCAAAGUUUGCUUUAAAAUGGCAAAUAUAGAAAAUGAGCAAGAAGCUAGAAAAGAGCGAACUUUAGCCAUAGAAGAAAGAAAAUUAGUUAUCAGGGAGCAAACAGCCAAAGUUCGCAAAGAGCAAGAAGCUAGAACCAUAAAGGAAACUUUAACACUCCAAAAAAAACAAAGAAAAUACACUUUUCAUUUAUUUCCUUUUUAA